UUAUAAUUUAACUCUGAGGUUUAAACAUAUAACCUAGACAUGGAUUAUUUAGGUGAAGUAGUAGCUCUUGGAAUUGAUAGUGUGAUUUUUGGCAUCUGUUUGAAACAAUAUUUUCACUGCAGAAAUGCAAUUGCAGCUGUCAAGGGUGCAGAGUUUCAUGAAGUUGGUUCACAAUUGGGAGACCUUGUUGAUAAGAGUUCUGAUAAUAAGAUAGGCUACAUAGCUAUUAGAGGUAUUGUAAAACCCUUAGGAAAACCAUUGACUAGUAUCAGUAACAAAAAAUUAACUGGUGUUGUACAAAAACUUAAAAUCAAGGAACAUGUGGUUGCUAGAACUACUGCUGGCUUCUGGUCAGACCAAGAACGAACUGUUAAUAAAGUAUUUAAUACUGUACCAUUUGCUUUACAACAAGGAGGUCACUUUGUAGAAAUAUUAGAACCAUUAGCAGCAGAUAUUUUAGACAUGGAUGUAGUGUCUAAUACUUUUAAGCCAACUGUGCCUUCCUUUUCAGAUCAUUUAUGGAGUUUUGUUACAGGUGUUCGUCAACGUGGCUUGCAAUCUACGGAAGAAUUACUUCGUGAAGGUGCAAUUAUGACAGGUGUAGGUGAACUAACAAAAACAAAAUCCAAUACUCUUACAUUACAACCCCCAUUAAAUGGUACACCAUUUUACUUGACAAGCAUGUCAAUUAGUUCAUUACUUAGGAAAUUGGACGACCGUAAGAGAACAUACAGAUUAUUAUGUUUAAUGUUUGGUGCAAUUGGAAUGCUGAUUGGUGGAAUAGUUUUCCGACGUUACUGGAAAGAUAGAACAGAACAAAGAGUAGCAGAGGAACUGAGACAGUCUCUAGCUGCAUCUCGUAAAGAAAGGCGACAACGAGUAAGAGACACCGAUCUUAGGGGAGAUCAAAUUUGCGUCAUUUGCUGUACAAAUCCUCGUGAGAUUAUUCUUCUUCCAUGUGGACAUGUUUGCUUAUGUGAGGACUGUUCUGAAGAUAUAACUACUCAUUGCCCUAUGUGCAGAGCACCAAUUGCACAAAAAGCUGCAGCAUAUAUUAUCUAA